AAGACUUAAUUACUAACCGAAAAAACUAACUCCUCUGUUCAAAAGAAGCCUUAAAAAUAUUGAAACCACUAAACAAAAUCAAGAAACGAAACAAUCAAUGGCAACGAGAGGUGCUGCUGCUGUCUGUAGCAUUGCUAGAAAAGGAAAGUUUUCAUCUUUGCCGUCCGUUCCACGCUAUGCCGCCGUCAGAUUCCAGAAUUCUCCGUCACGGUUUCUUCCUCAAGGAUUCACAUCGUCUCCAAUUCGUGCAAUACAUGAUCAAACGGCUAUAAAUCCUGUAGCUACCAAGAAACGAGAUGAAGAGCAAGUUCCCCCAAAUUGGAAGAUUAAAAUGUUGUACGAUGGGGACUGUCCACUCUGCAUGCGCGAGGUUAAUAUGCUUAGAGAGAGGAAUGAAAAGUAUGGUACUAUAAAAUUUGUUGAUAUAGGCUCAGAUGAUUACUCUCCUGAAGAUAAUCAAGGCCUGGACUACACAACUGCUAUGGGGAGGAUUCAUGCAAUUCUUUCUGAUGGAACUGUAGUAACAGAUGUUGAAGCAUUCAGAAGAUUAUAUGAACAAGUUGGUCUUGGAUGGGUUUAUUCCAUUACCAAAUAUAAACCUAUUGGGAAAGUAGCUGAUUCUGUAUACAGUUUCUGGGCUAAAUAUCGUCUUCAAAUAACAGGCCGAGCACCUUUAGAGCAAAUUUUGGAAGCACGAAAGAAGAAGGUCAGUCUGGUUGGUUAUGGCUUAAUGUUGUCAUUGCAGGGUGCAGUAUGUAAUGAUAGCAGCGCUUGUAAGAUGUGAACUCUCUCUGUCGAUACCAGUGAUUACUAAAAAAAAAAAUCUCUCUCUCGACAUGCAACCUCUUAUACUAUUCAUAUGUUGAUACUAUAGAAAUGCAUAUAUAAAUCUCAGUCUUAUAUCCUAUACUCGUAUCAAUAAUUUGCUCUAGAGUUGCCUCAUAUCAGAUAACCCAUUUGUAGAGAAUUUUGUUAAUGAUAAAGUUAUUUUCCUGCCUGCA